AUGGACAAAAGCAGCGACAAUCAAUAGUAAUAGAGGGAAGAGACAAGAUUCGGAUAUGGUAAAAUCGAACAUUUCCAAAAAAUUGAGACUCUAGGAGAGGGUGCCUAUGGAGUCGUGUACAAAGGUCUCAAUGAAAAGACCAAGCAAGUAAUAGCCUUGAAAAAAAUUAAGCUAGAGACACAAUCUGAGGGUGUACCCAGCACAACUAUCAGAGAGAUAUCAGUUCUCAGAGAAAUAGAUCAUCCUAAUGUCGUUCAGCUUAAGGAUGUUAUUAUGUGCCCUUCCAAGAUGUACUUGGUUUUUGAGUAUUUGGAGAUGGACUUAAAAAAGAAAAUAGAUACUUUAGGAGCAGGUAAUUCUUUCCCUCCAGCUAUUGUGAAAUCAUAUCUCUACCAAUUGAUCAGUGGAGUAGCUGCUUGUCACUCUAGAAGAAUCAUUCACAGAGAUUUGAAGCCAUAAAACAUCCUGCUAGGUACUAACAAUGAGCUUAAGAUAGCAGAUUUCGGUUUGGCAAGAGCUUUCGGUAUUCCUAUUAGACCAUACACUAAAGAAGUAGUUACUCUAUGGUAUAGAGCCCCAGAGUUGUUAUUGGGCACAACAGAAUAUUCAACUCCAGUUGAUAUGUGGUCAGUUGGUUGUAUUUACGCCGAAAUCAUUUCAAAGAGACCACUAUUUGAUGGAGACUCUGAGUAGGAUUAGAUUAAAAAGAUAUUCCGUAUCUUGGGCACUCCCAAUGAAGAUGUUUGGCCAGGCGUCCAGAAUCUUGAUGGGUUUAAUAAGGUUCACUGGACUUAACACAAACCUCAGGAUCUUAGAAACAUCAUUAAAUACAUUGAAAACAUUGAUGAUAAUGGAGUAGACCUCUUAGAAAAGCUCCUUAUCUUUGACCCCACCUAGAGAAUUUCAGCCAUCUAGGCUCUUCAGCACCCUUACUUCAGUGAUGUUUAGAAAUGA